CCAGCUCCAGCCCGCCACGCGUCGGCGCGACACGCGAUCCACGUCCCCGCUCCCAAGCGUCAGUGUCCCGAGCCUUUCCCAGCGUCCGGCCCCGCGGAGCGGAGAGGCACGCUAUCCGCCCGCAGGGCACGGCGUGUUGCCGAAGCCGCCGCCCCGACGCGCUGAGCACGAGGUCCCGACCGCACCGCGCCAUCGCCUCGCAUCGUGGUGUUGACCGCAUGGAUGGUAGACAGUCGGCUGGGGUGCCCACCAGGGGCCAGUGCUCUCAACCUGGCCAUCAAGAGGUGCGGGGGAGCAGCGCAGUGGAGCGAGGCGCUGCAGCUGCUCCGCGAGGCAUCCGGUCGCCGCGCAGAGGCCGACUGGAGCGUAGCGCUGCAGCUGCUCCGCGAGGCAUCCGGUCGCCGCGCAGAGGCUGACUGCGGCCACUUCGCCGCGGUCGCGAGCGUGUGCGGGAGGAGCAGGCAGUGGCGGCGAGCGUUGUCGCUCCUGGGCGAGGCGCGGAAGGUAGAGCUGGAGUUGGCGACCAUCAGCUACGCCGCCGCGGUCAGCGCGUGCGAGAGGGGCAGGCAGUGGCAGCAGGCGCUGGCGCUGCUUAGCGAGAUGCGCGGGGCGCACGUGGAGGCGAACAUUGUCAGCUGCUGCGCCGGGAUCAGCGCGUGCGGCGCAUGUGGCCACUGGCAGCUGGCUCUGUCGUUGCUCAGCGAGGUGUGGGCGGCGAAGCUGGAGCCAGACUUAAUCAGCUACAACGCAGCGAUCAGCGCGUGCGAGAAAGGCGAGCAAUGGGAGCACGCGCUGUCGCUGCUGAGCGAGAUGUGCGAGGCAAAUCUGGAAGCGGACGUCAUCAGCUACAACGCCGCGACAAGCGCGUGCGAGAAGGGUGGACAGUGGCAGCAGGCCCUGUCGCUGCUCGGCAAGGUGCGGGCGGAGCAGCUGGAGCCGGACGUCAUCUCCUCUCCACAACGCUGCCAUCAGCGCGUGCGAGAAAGCAGGGCGGUGGCAGCAGGCCUCGUCGAUAUUCUGUGGGAUAUGGGAGGCAAAGUUGGAGGCAUCUGCCAUCAGCUGCGGCGCCGUGAUCAGCUCGUGCGAAAAAGGCGCUCAGUGGCAGCGAGCGCUCGUGUUGCUCAGCGAAGUGCGGGAGGCAAAGUUGGAGCCAGACAUCUUGAGCUACAAUGCUGUGCUCAGCGCGUGUGAGAAAGCGGGGACUUGGCAGCAAGGCAUGUCACUGUUCGGCGAUCUACGGGGAGCAAAUUUGAAGCCCAGCGUCAUCAGCUACUGCGCUUGCAUAAGUGCCUACGAAAAAUAUGGCCUGUGGCGGCACGCGCUGUCGCUGCUCAGGAACAUGUUGAAGGCGAGGGUGGUGCCAGAUGCCGUCUAUACUACAAUACCGAGCGCGUGCCAGAAAGGC